GGAGCAAGAACAAGCAGAGGAACUGCCUGGAUCUACAACAGAUGGGUCGUAUCUACAACUGGUUAAACAUUACUCUAUAGAAAACAUAGCUUGGUGUGCAGCAAACCACAGAAUGUAUCAAUAACUGGAACAUCUACCAAAAGUCUGAACUUAUUAAGAAACAGCUCAGUUGAGCAAGUACCGAGGAUAUUGUAAUGUUUCAGGCAGUCAUUAAUAAUUAGAUUCAUGUAAUCUUUGAUCUACACAGAAAUUGACUCAGUGACACCAAUUAAAUACAUCCAUAACUCCCAUUAAAAAAAUACCUAGUAACAGUUACUCCUCUCCCGCAAUGAGGCUACUGAAACGACGCAGAUUUCUACUGCUCCUGAAGCUCACCAUUGCACUGGGAUCACUAUGGAUCCUCUCCCUACUAACAUGCAGUGAACCAGGCUUGAAUCCCAGCUCAGUUCUCAGGUACAGCUGGUUGGAGUAUACAGACUCUGAUGACAGCCCAGAGAAAGUGUGUAACUGCUCAGCUAUCCUGCAGGGAGAGAGGGAGGCACUGGAGCAGGCCAUAUUACUGACCAUCAACAAAGACUUCCACAAGAUGGUUCACAUCCCUGAUGAACAUUACAUGAAUGCAACCGAAGACUGCAGUGCAUUCAAAUUAAGAAGAAAAUACUUAACAUCUCCGUUGAGCCAGGAAGAAGAGGACUUCCCCCUGGCAUACUCUAUGGUUGUGCAUCAUAAGGUGCAGAACUUUGAGCGCCUGCUGCGAGCCAUCUACGCACCUCAAAAUAUAUAUUGUGUCCAUGUGGACAAAAAGGCAGAAUCCUCUGUCCUUUUUGCCAUCUGGGCAAUUACUGACUGCUUCCCGAACAUCUUCUUGGUCAGUCAGCCUGUUGAUGUGGUCUAUGCGGCCUGGUCACGUGUCCAGGCUGACCUUAACUGUAUGGCGGAUCUCUAUAACAGCAGCACACAAUGGAAAUACAUCAUCAACCUUUGUGGCCAAGAUUUCCCUCUGAAAACCAACUUGGAGAUUGUAAGGACACUGCGUUCACUGAGGGGCGGGAACAGCUUAGAGUCAGAAGAAAUGCCUGCAGGAAAGGUGUGGAGAGUGAGAAAUGCACACAAAGUAAUAGAUGGAAGAAUCCAGGAUACAGGGAAGGCAAAUGAGCCUCCUCCCUUCAACAUCACCAUAAUGUCUGGAAAUGCCUACUUUGUGGUGAGCCGGGGCUUCAUCCGCAGUGUGUUGGAGGACCGCCGAGUGCUGGCACUGAUGGAUUGGGCCAAAGACACCUACAGUCCUGAUGAAAUGUUCUGGGCAACCAUUCAGAGAAUGCCCGGAGUUCCUGGCUCAACACGGUCCCACAGGAAAUAUGACAUGUCAGACGCUAAUGCCAUCGCUCGCCUGGUGAAGUGGCAGUGGCACGAGGGGUCGCAGGAUUCACCAGACGCGGUGUACCCAGAGUGUCAAGGCAGCCAUGUCAGGGCAAUAUGCGUAAAUGCUGCUGGAGACUUAAAGUGGAUGCUCAAGCAGCAUCACCUCUUUGCCAACAAGUUUGACAUAGACACAGAGCCCGUUGCUGUCUACUGUUUGGAGAAAUAUCUAAGAAAAAGGGCACUGUCUGGUCUACAAUAGAUAUAUUGGAGGUUCACAGCAACCGAGAAGGGCAUUCAAUUCAAACCUUUAUCAAUACAGGGAAAGGUCAUGUAGCAGCAUGUGAUCUCACUUCAAGAUGUAUUUUAAAUUUAUUUAUAAUUCUAGAGUGAUGAACACAAAUUAAAUGUUUCAUCAGUGGCAUUAUAUAUUAUUCAGUCGUAUUACUGCUAUUUGAGCAGUUUAUCAGUGUAACAAUUAAAAUAAUCAACUCAAAAGCCAAAAAGAAAAAUCCUGUAAUGGCAGUCUGCAUAUGGGAAGAAAUUGGACAUUUCCCAGUGGCCUGAUGGUUGCUCCGGCUUUCCUUGACCAGCGAUAAUAUAGCAACCAGGACCACCAACGUAACCACGUCUCUCUGCGAUGCACAGAGCAGCCAAAGAUAAUAAUAUGAUAAUAGUAAUUGUGAACAGGGAGCUUUCGCCCCCAUUUUCACUAGGCGCUGUCUCCCUUUUUUGACAUUUUAUUAUAAUUCAAAUUUUGAUUAUCAAUUCAAUUAUGUAGAUAAUCUGGUUUUGAGUUGUGUGUUGAAUUAUUUGACAGCAUAUACAUGUUGACAGUUGAUUUUGUUAUGUCUGUGAUGUUGCUCUGUUUGAUUGUUGUUUUUCCAGAUCUGUGAAUCGGGUCAGAUCAGCAGGUCGAUCAGGGAGAGGUGUGUAGGAUAAGGUCUCUGAGAAAGGAGGGGCUGGAGUUGACAAAGAAUGGAUGACGGGUGCUGCAUUAGAAGACAUUUCAGUCGACCUAUUGCAUUUAUCUGCUGAACUUUUGCAGAUAGGUUGAAUUGAUAGGUCAGCAGUAAACCAGGGUCCAAACGUGGUCUAGUGUGGUGUCUCUUUGUCUUUCUGUUCAGCUCACCUUAUAUUUACCAGCACAGAUUGUAUGUUCCAGGCUGGUGAGGCUAUAAAGCAAGUCAGUAGUGAGGGGGGGGGAGACAGGAGUUGGCAGCUUGGUGAGGCUGCAGAUUUUUCUAGUUUGUUUUUCUCUUUUUCUUUCUCUGGUAUGAUUUAGUUAUUUUUUGCAUUUCCCAGGAAUAUUCCUGUCUUUCUGUUGUAGAACCUUGUUUUUAAUGAAAUGCUAAACAUUUUCAUCUACUCCUGCUUCUUCAGUAUUGCUUUUUUCAAGUUUUCAGUGCCAAAUAGCACCCUCCACCCCUAUCUGGGGGUUACAGCUCUACACUAAUAUUAUAACAGUACACAAUAACAUACCUUGAAAACAUUGUAAUUUGUCGAACGUUCCUCCUUGAAGAAAAUAAUUACCAAGUUUAUAACUAGUCUGGUAACAGUUACAUCUACAAUUAGGUUUAGUCUGCACAGUUAAAAGACUGGCGUAUUGUGUAGAUAAGGUGGCUUGGGAUGGAGUAAAAUUCCCGGCUACAAUUAUUGUCCCAGUUUGCUCGCGCUGGUAAAACUUUCAUGUGAAACCUUUUUUUUAAAGACUGAUGAGGACGAACAAACCUUUAAUGAAACAAAUAAUUUUACAUGUUGUACAACAGAUCAACAUCUUGCAAGACACAAAUAUAUUUAUAAAUAAAACAAAGAAAAAAUAAAAGUAGACACACACCGACUGUCCCUGUCCAACCAUCAGUUAA